AUGCUGCUGGAGAAUCAGGCGGAGGAGACAGAAAAGGAGACAGAAGAGGAGACAGAGAAGGAGACAGAGAAGGAGACAGAGGAGACAGAGAAGGAGACAGAGAAGGAGACAGAGAAGGAGACAGAGAAGGAGACAGAGAAGGAGACAGAGAAGGAGACAGAAGAGGAGACAGAGAAGGAGACGGUGGAGGCCUCUUGUCUCCUAGCCCCUCACCACCUGCGCAGACACCCCAAACAAACUGCACAUACACAGCAACUAUACAAGCAGCAGCAGCAGCAGCAAGAGCAGCAGAAGCAGCAGCAGAAGCAGCAGCAGCAGCAGAAGCAGCAGCAGAAGCAGCAGUGA